AUGGUGUCCCUCCUUCUCACUCACCCUCUAUCUGGCAGACUUCAGUUCGGCAUGAAGGAGUUGAUGGGGAAACGAGACACGCGAGUGGCCAAGGUGGUCGAGGUUAUUGACCGGAUUAAGGCUAUUCAGCUAAGUGGCUGGGAAAAAGUAGUGGGUAUGUCAGUUGAUGAAUCUCGAUCAGCAGAAGUGGAUGUCAUGGCUUCUCUUGCGCAACUCCAGGGAGCCAUUUAUGCCAUUAUGGCCGCCGUUCCGGAUCUCAUGACAUCUGCGGCCUUCGCAGUCACUUUGAUGCGUGGCGGGAAUUUGAGUGGCGACCUGAUUUUUUCAAGUCUUGGGUUUUUCAGUCUGAUCAAUAUGGCCUUGAGUGCACUCCCGGGUACACUGGCGCAGUUCCUUGCCUGCCAAACAUCCUUCGAUCGCAUUCACAAGUUUCUCCUUCAUCCAGAUCCAGGAUUUGCAGAGCAGAAAGCAGGCAUUGAUGACAACGAAGAACCGAGAUUACUCGUACACAGAGCAGACUUUGGCUUAGGCAGUGUGUCUCUCAUUUCGAGCGUUGAGUUGGAUAUUUCCCGGCCGGCUCUGGUCACCAUUUCAGGCGCCAUGGGUAUGGGCAAGUCUACGUUGUUGAAGGGUCUGACAGGAUCUGCGCAACCUUUGACCGGUCAUGUCAUCACUCACGGCAGGCGAGAAUAUAUGCCACAAACACCUUUCAUUGUUAGAGGCACCCUUAAGGAUAACAUUCUCUUUGGUCGCCCCUUCCAUGCCGACUGGUACCACCAUACACUGAAAGCCUGUGCUCUUGACUCGGACCUCAAGGCCUUUCCACACGGGGACUUGACUGAUCUAAGUGACGCCGGUAUCGCUCUCUCCGGUGGACAGAAGAGUCGUAUCUGUCUUGCUCGUGUGGUCUAUUCCCGCGCCGAUCUUUACUUUUUCGAUGAUCCCCUUGCAGCCUUGGAUUCCUCCGUCAGGCGGCAUAUCAUUGACCAUAUAUUUGGCCAGCGUGGUCUGCUCAAAAAUUCGAUUCGGAUAGUGGUGACUAGUGACGCACCACUGAUUGAAGCCGCUCAAAGUCGAUACGCCAUCAGGUCCCAGCGACUCAUAAUGACUAGUUCACGGGCGCCACCACUACCUGAGGCCUCGAGCACUCUUGCUUUCGAUGAGGUGAAGGCAUCUAUGACAGCAUCAGUAUCCGUGGAAGAAGUUGAGUCUCCACGGUACUACAAUGACUCAAUAUCUGAUGAGGAGACCCCAACUCAGGAGUCAUCACCGGAGAGUGCCGGCGAAGGACAGGUCGACUGGUCAACAUACCUGACCUGGUUACGUCUGGCGCGCCCAAUAGGCUGGGUUGCUGUCUUAUUGCUGACUGUGCUGGGAAAACUGAGUAACGUGGUUUCAAACUACAAUCUCGAGUUACUCUCGCUCGCAGGCCGUUCUGAUAAAUGGCUCUACAUAGCACUAGUCGCAGGAUCUGGUCUCAUGCAGGGUCUGUUCGGCUGGGGCUUCAUCUGGAUAAGCUAUCACUUGUGUCUUCUGCCGGCAGCUCGAGGAAUACACGCCAGACUAGUCCGCGGUGUCUUAGGGGCACCGCUAUCAUUCUACACUCGAACCCCAUCCGGUCAGAUUCUUAACAGAUUCACUAACGAUAUAAGCAAGGUAGACGGAACACUGGCGAGUAAUCUCAUUGGCGGGAUUAUGAUGGGCUCGAAUCUACUCAUGGUUUUGGGUGUUCUUUUACAUACCUCCGUCCUUGCGGUGGCGUAUCUUCUCCCAUUUACCGCCUUGUUCUGGAUCCUACAAGCAAGAUACCUUAGCGCUGUCCGCGACCUGAAGCGCCUUGAGAUCGAAUCCAGAAGCCCCAUCAUCAUGAGCAUCCAGGAGGCUAUCAAUGGAUACAACUCCAUUCUGGUCUCCGGUCAAUGGGGUCACUUUCUCCGGCAACACUAUGAUUCUGUCAAUGAGAAUAUCCAAGCCAGCAUUCCGCUCUACUGUCUCGAGUAUUGGUUGUCCCUCAGGCUCGAGUUUUUAUCGGGCCUCAUCAUUGCCUUCACUGCGUCGCUGCUUCUCUGGCUUGAGAUUGAUUCAGCCGAGCUCGGAUUUGUGAUGACAUAUGCGAUGCAAAUCUCGAUCAUGUUAACCAACAUCAUCCGCUUCCGCACAAACCUCGAGAUCGACAUGAUAUCAGUCGAAAGAAUCAAGCAGUACUUGCUCGACGAUGAUGAUGAGCACCCCAGCCGUGACGAGCACACCAUUGGGAGUAUACCAUAUGAAUGGCCACGUCAUGGGGUCGUGCGCUUCAACAAUUUCAGUGCAGGCUACGACAGUGCAACGCAGAUUUUGAAGAAUAUCUCUCUAGAAGUGGGGUCGGGCGAGAAGGUUGCGGUCGUUGGACGGACAGGAGCAGGCAAAAGCUCGCUGGCGCUGUGCCUGACCAGAAUGAUUGAAGCACAAUCGGGCUACAUUGCCAUCGAUGGUGUUGAUAUAUCCCAGGUCAACGUGCAUGAGCUCCGAAGGCACGUCACGAUGAUACCGCAAGAACCUGCUGUCUUUACAGGGACCCUGAGGUACAACCUCGACCCUGAAGGGAGAUACGGAGACCUCAGACUAUUGGACGUAGUACGCCAGGCAGGGCUACCAGCAGCCCUCAACUGUGAAGAUCUACUGCUGGAGUAUGAGAUUACGGAUGGAGGAAAAAAUCUGUCCAGUGGGCAAUCUCAACUUCUUGCUAUUGCACGGGUGCUGCUUUCUGAUGCCAAAAUCAUCGUCAUGGAUGAAGCAUCGGCAGCGCUGGAUGCAGAGAUAGACCAACAGUUACAGCGGGUAUUGCGUGAAGCUUUCAGUGAUCGAACUGUAUUCACCAUCACCCAUAAAGCAGGUGGCUAUAUGUCUUAUAAUCGUGUUCUUGCUCUUGGAUCGGGGCGCGUGAUCUCGUUUGAUACUCCGAUGGAAUUUCUGAAGUCCGCCUAA